AUGAUGCCGUCGGCAGGCCGUCAAGAAUUUAACGUUUAUCAAACUGGUAAUACAGCAACAACGCCAUCAUCAACAGUUGAUAAUAGUGUAAAUCAAACAUUAGACGCAGAGAAACUUCAAAAACAGACAUUAGAAGCAAUAGCCCAAGCGAAUACGGAUAAUAAAAGCAGUAGUGUUCCAUCAACAAUAAAAGAAGAAACAAAACAAUGA